AUGCAUAACAGCGGGACGGGGAUCAAAAAGAUCCCACCAUUUAUGAAGGAGCUGGAGGAGGCAUACAACAUAUGCCACUGCGGAACGAACGUAAUUGAAAAGUGCUUCUUCGCCAAGGAGGUGAAGAGGAGUAUAAACAAGCGGGAAGUGCAAAUGUACCAGUUGUGCAUCAUCCACUACCAACUGAGCAACAAGGAAAAAGUGUAUAAAAUGUCCUGCAUCCAAGAUGACCUAGAUAUAAGCAACAGCUUCUAUGAUGGGGAGUUAAAAAUGUACAUGUCGAAAGAUGGUAGUGUAGGAUGCCUAUUUUGUAAUGAAGAAAAAAAAAGGAAAAUCCUUUUAUUUAAAAAUGAAAGAAACAGCGGAAAAUUCUUCAUGACCUGUAUGAACAAUAUACCAAUAGAUGCAGACCUACAUAAGCGCUUCUUCAUGCAUGGGUCCUUUUGUUCCUUCAAUGCUAGCAACACCCUCCUGAUUUACAGUGCCGAAACUGAUGAUAUAAAAUAUAAAAAGGAGAGUAGUUGUAUUCCAAAAAAAGACGUUGACAUUUUAAACAAAAUUAACAACCAUAUAUAUACUGACACUUUUGGAGAGCAAUUCGAUUACUCCUCCUUCAAUUUGUUUGUUUAUAAUUUGAAGGAUAAUACAGUGAAGUAUAUAACUGUGAAGGAUGUGACUGGGUGUUAUUAUAAUCCUCAGUUUAUUGAUGACACUUCUUUUGUGUGUCUUUCUUACCGGACCGUUCCGUACCGACUGGGUAUAUAUGCCUUUAAUGUGAGGGCCAAUGAUCUCUAUUUGUGUACGCUGAACGAGUCGGAUGUAGAGCCUUGUGAUGGGAGGGAGCGUGAUGGGAAAAGGGGAGCAAUUCCCAAUGCGGCGAGUAGUAAUGGGGGGGUUGGCCAGGUGUGUGAACGAAACAGAAAGAAUCACAUUCGGUGCGCCUACGCCAAAUUGUCAGGAAAAAAUUUCAAACAUACAGCUUCACCACUCGUAAUUAGACACGACGAUUCUUGCGUGUACGUGGCAUGCUUGGUCGUGUUUGGUAAGAAUGAGGAGUCGAAGCAGCACUUGAUGGAGUACAGUUUGGUGCUGAUAAAGCUGGUGAAAGAGGACGCCAAGGCGCGGGCGAAAAGAAAUCAGGGAAGCGUACCAAAGGGGGAUAAGCAUGAGGUGCACGCGGAGGGAGAUUUCUACUCCAGUGAUGAGGGUUAUGGAAGUGACGGCACGGAAGAGUGUGAUCAGGCGGACCAUGCUACCAGUGUGGCCACAGUAGAGGGGGGUGGUACGAGUACCCACCCCGUGAGUUCUGCGGUUCCCCUGAAUCAAGAUGACAUAUGCAACUAUAAGAAGGUAGAGACGGAGGUGAUCAUUCGAGAGGGCAGUUAUACUGGGUUCUUCCGGGGGCUAUACACUAAUGAAAUAAAAGGAUACUGCUACCCCUACCUCUUCCUAAACACAAUAUUCUAUUGCAACAAAAUUGCCAUAGCAGUGCACAUGUUUACAAAAAAGGUACAUCGAAUUUUAAUUGAGAAUAUAUACAACCAAAAUGAUAUGAACACAAGUAUUGAAAUUAUGUGUAUAAAGGAAGACAACCUAUUGGUGAGUAUCCGCAAUAUGCUUCUGAACCACGUGUUGGUGUAUUGCCUAUUCAACGAAAUGAACAUAAGUGGGGACUACGUGUACCUGACCAAGGUGCGCAGUUACAACCUAGACUUUACGACUUAUGAAAAUGUUAAGAAAAGGCAGACCAGCAUAAUUUAUGCAAAUGUAAACGACCUGUCGGAGAAGCUAUUCAUGGUGUUGAGCCAAAUGGAAACAGCUCUCUUCAAUGAGAAGCAUCCAUAUAUUAGGAGAAAAAAUGCUAGCUUUAAUAUGCUAUACGAGACUGAAUCCGAUUUUCAAUAUGAUGUGCAGAAGAAGGGACUAUAUUUACCAAAUUUUAAUUUAUUCAAUGGGAAAAAUAAAAGGAAUUUAAUUUUGUACAUCCAUGGGGGACCCUACUCCAGUUGUCUUAAUGAGUACAGAAAUAUUUUUAUUUUUUUUGCCGCCUGUGGAUUUGAUGUGUUAUGCGUUAAUUAUAUUGGGUCCUUAGGAUUUUCAGAAAAACCCAACAUUUUAAAUGGGCAUGUAAAUUCUAUUGAAAUUGAGGACAUCUUAGAUACGUUUAAAAAUUUUUAUAAUUAUUUUGGUGACUAUGAGAAUGUUUAUUUGUAUGGUGGAUCGUAUGGUGGGUUUGCCUCGUGUGCAAUUUUGACCAAGUGCAAUUUAUUUAAAAGCUGCUGCGUGAUUAAUGGGGUAUACGAUUGGGUACUGUCCGCUCAAUCAAGUGAUGUUCCGGAUUAUUUCAUAAACCUAUGUCUCAACAGAGGUGCAGAAUAUGAUUGCUCUUAUAGUAUGAAUGACUAUGCCAGUAUGUAUGAGAUAUCUCCCUUACACUGUGUAGAGAAUAUUUGCACGCCCGUUUUGAUUGUUGCCUCCAAGGAUGACUUGCGUGUCUCUUACCACAACAGCCUCUCCCUGUACAAGCGCCUGCUCGCGCUUAAGAAGAAGACCAAGUUCUUCCUGUUCGACGACUGCACGCACUCCAUCAAGAACUUGGCAUUCGAGGAGACUCUCCUCAUGAAUGUCAUCCUCUGGUUUUACGACUAUGAUAGUAAGAAGAAACGAUAA